AUGGUUAGUGCUAAGAACAAGGGAAAAUCCAUCAGGAGCCUCAGUACCAACAAAACAGAGAAAAUAAAUGAGUUGGAGUUGGAAGAUAAGCUCCAAUCUAAUAGAGUUAAGAGUAAAGAUUUGGGUUAUGCAUCCGACAUUUGGAAGCCAUAUUUUGGAAAAGCUUCCUCGACAUCCCAGAGAAGCCUAAAAAAGGCUAGGACCCUUGACCGGCACAAUCCUUAUCUCUUAUCCUCUUCCUAUGCUACACCUGAUCAGCCGCCAACAACUUCUUCCCUUGUGGCUUCUUCGAAGGUCGCUUUUCUGUUUUCCCUUGCUCCAAUUAUACAGAAUCAUAAACAGUUUUCUUACCCGAGUACGAAUGACCCUGCAAGGCAGACACAUAUGAUCUCGUUUGGUCCUCAACUGCAUGUGCAGCAAUUUUUAAACGCACAACAACAGCAGCAACAACAACAGCAAAACCUACUGCAGUACUGGAGAGACAUUCUGAAUCUGAGUGAUUUGCUUCUGGCACUGGCAAGGCCACCAAUCCAACCUUUGAGCGCCACCAAGCUGUACAGAGGGGUUAGACAACGACACUGGGGUAAAUGGGUCACCGAGAUCCGUAAGCCAAGAAACAUAACACGUCUCUGGUUUGGGAUAUUCAAUACAGCAGAGGAAGCUGCCAUGGCCUAUGACCGGGAAGCCUUCAAGCUAAGGGAAGAGACCACCAGGCUUAAUUUUUCGGAGCUUUUUCUGAAUAAACAAGAGUCAACUCCAGUGUAUUAGAAACAGUGUGAAAUGCCAACUGCUGCUAGUGAUGAGGCAAGCGAGAGAAGGGAUGAUAAUUCGAACAUUGAAGUGGCGAGCGAAGAGACGGGUUGGGCUGAGGCAUGGUUCAAUGCAAUUCCAAAGGAUUGGGGACCUGGAAGCACUAUCUGGGAUGAUUACCAUUUUUCCAUUUCUUAUAACCACAAGGAGAAGGAAGAUCAGGAACCCCCACAAAAUUAA